AUGAUGAUCAACGACGAGGUUAUGGCGGAUAAAGGCUUCUUCAUCAAAUUGGUGAACGACGAGAAAGGAAAAGGGCUGUUUUCUAAUCGUGCAUUUAAGGAAGGAGACGUGAUACUUGAGGAGAAACCCAUAAUAUGUUGUCAGUUCUUAUGGAACUCUCAGUUUGGAUACUUAGCAUGCGAUCACUGCCUAAGACCAUUAGAAACAGCAGAGGAGAAUGUUCGGAGGUUAACGGGUAAUCCAAACUUUGUUGUACCACACAAGGAAUGCUGUGAAAUAAAUAAGAGUUUAAUAACCGAAUGCCACUUGUGCGGGGUCAAGUACUGUAGCAUAGAAUGUCAGAACGAAGCAUUUCAGAGAUAUCAUAGUACACUGUGUUUACAAGGGAGAGUCAAAGAUGAGAGUCAUCCUCUCAAUCAAUUAUGUGAAACAUGGAAACAAAUGCAUUAUCCACCCGAAAGUGCAUCAAUCAUGUUGCCAGCGAGAAUGGUCGCUGUAGUUAAUCAAGCAAAUGACAAAGAAGAAGUUUUAGCAAUGUUUUCACAGUUUUGCCAUCGUACCGUUUCCAAUGACACGCAUGAAAUUGUACACUAUCUAUUAGGCGAAAAAUUUGUAGGCCAGAUUGAUAUCCUUCAACAAAUGAUGAAGGAGGCUCUUAACACUGAGUACACCUCACAUUGGUUCACGCCAGAUGGUUUUAGAAGUUUAUUAGCUUUAGUAGGAACAAACGGACAAGGAAUUGGUACUAGUUCAUUUAGCCGCUGGGUGAAAAAUGUUUCCGCUUUAGAAUUGCCCAAAGACGAAAGAAUUUACAUUGACAAGUUGAUAGAGAAAAUUUAUGAUGCAAUGGACGAAGCGGUAGGUCCAUUUCUGAAUAAUGAAGGGUCUGGACUCUACUUUCUACAGUCGUCAGUGAACCACAGUUGUGUACCAAAUGCAAUUGUUGAAUUCCCUUAUUCAAAUAACACUUUAGUACUGAAAGCAAUACGAGAUAUAAAAAAUGGUGAGGAAAUUUGUACAAGUUAUCUCGACGAAUGCCAACUCGAAAGGAGUAGACAUUCCAGGCAGCAGGCACUGAGCUCUUUGUAUCUGUUUGUUUGUCACUGUGACAAAUGUCAAGUGCAAGCAAAUGAUCCUGAUGUAACGUCUGACGAAGAGGAAUCCGAUGAAGACUGAUGAGUGCUAGCUAACAAAGUACACAGGAACAAUGACAUAAUUUUCAUAAUAAACAAGAUACGAGUUAUAUAUUGAAUAAUAUUUAAUCCUCGUCAUAU